UUUUUCAAACAACUAAUAACUGUGUUAUUUUAAAGAUUUAUGUAUUCAAACCUACUGGAAUAUAAAUUUGGAAAUUGCGUGAUAUAUUUGACAAUACAAUCGUUUGAUCUUGCCGAAAAACAGUUGGACCAAUUUGUUUUUUAAAUAAUUUAGUUUAGGGCCACCUGGUAUGGCUUUAACACACUUAAGGUCGCUACAGUCCAUCCACCGUCGGUUAAGCACUUAUUGGUUGCCAUGGAGACAGGCCACACCCAACUGCCGCGCCUACAGCACGACUUUUGACCCACGUAACUGGGACUAUGAGACUGAGAAGAAGAGCUACAGUCUCAUUGCUCCGCAGUAUUACAACUUUGCUAGAGAUGUGAUAGAUUCCUGGGCACAAAAGGAAAAGGCUGGUUUGAGGGGAGACAAUCCUGCUCUAUGGUGGAUUAAUGACAAGGGGCAAGAACUCAAGUGGUCUUACCAGGAGGUUGCAUACCAGUCUAAGCUGGUAGCUAAUGUAUUGACGGGUCCUUGUGGGCUAAAGCCGAAUGACAUAGUUAUAGUGGUGCUGCCUCGUAUACCUCAGUGGUGGGCCAUCAACGUAGGGGCAAUACGAUCUGGGGUGAUACUGAGUCCCGGGACAACCCUGCUGCGCCCCAGUGACCUCCAGUAUCGACUGAAUGCCGCCGAAGCAAAGUGCAUAAUCACAAAUGCUGACUGUGCUGACCAUGUGGAUCAGGUUGUAGACAAAUGCCCUUUGUUAAAGACCAAAGUUAUCGUUGGUGAAAAAAGGGCUGGAUGGCUUAACUAUGAAGAACUGCUACAGAAAAGUACAGACAAUUUUGAGUGCGUCAACUCAUUAGCCACAUACCCUAUGACAGUGUUCUUCACCAGUGGUACAACGGGGUCCCCCAAGAUGACCGAACACACCCACAGUAGCUAUGGCCUCGGGCACAUCAUUACUGCCAAGUAUUUCCUGUCUCUGCAGCCCAGUGAUGUAAUGUGGAACUUGUCAGACACGGGCUGGGCUAAGUGUGCCUGGAGCUCUCUAUUUGCCCCCUGGAUCGCCGGGGCAACAGUGUUUGUACAAGACUCGCCCAGAUUUGACCCUCAGGAUGCAGUCAAGAAUCCUGAAAUGCUGGAAGAAUGGUAUGAGGGAACCGGUCUCAAACUGCUCGAGGGGUACGGACAGACAGAAACAACUUUCCUGUGUGGGACAUACAACAGUAUAAAACAGAAGCCAGGCUCCAUGGGCAAGGCCGCCCCAGGGGUAGAUGUGCAGGUUGUGGAUGAUCAUGGUGUGAUUCUACCUCCUGGAAAGGAGGGCAAUAUUGGGGUCAGGAUGAAACCCCACAGGCCGGUCGGGCUCUUCUCAAGGUAUAUUAAUAACGAGUCCCGCACGAAGUCAGUGUUCGUCGGAGAUUUCUACCUGACGGGGGACAGGGCUAAGAUGGAUGAAGAGGGCUAUAUCUGGUUUAUAGGUCGUGCAGAUGAUGUCAUUCUCAGCUCAGGGUACCGUAUAGGGCCGUUUGAGGUUGAGAGUGCCCUGAUGGAGCAUCCAGCAGUUUUGGAGUCAGCAGUAGUUAGCUCCCCUGAUCAGACAUGGGGAGAGGUUGUGAAGGCGUUUGUCACUCUGACGGAUGAUUAUAAGGACAGCAAUCGAGAGGCAUUGGUCACCGAACUUCAGGAACACACUAAAAAUGUCACUGCACCUUACAAAUACCCCCGCAAGAUACAGUUUGUGGACACAUUACCAAAGAAUGUGAACGGAAAGAUAUGCCGUGUGGAUCUUCGCAAUAAGGAAUGGGAUCGGCAAACCGCGGAUUAGAGACUUGAGCUGCCGUGAUCUCCUUAAAAGGCAUCAUUGGUGGUUAAUUAAAGCAACAAUUAUCCAGAUAAAAAAGGAUGGACAUAAUUCCUUCUUAUUUUUUGAUAAGAGUGAUGAUUUUUGUUAUAAGUCAUAUUUAGGUCAUCUACCUAAGAGAUUUUUUUUAUCUAAAUACAUAAACAGUGUUUAUUCAGAAAUUUGAUUAAAAUGCUCGUACCAUGUGCCAUACAUGUAUAUUACAUUGUAGAAGUUCCCGAUGUAUUUUAGGAACAAAUAAUAGUUUUUAGUUUUAAUUUUGUAAAUGUAUUUUUAUGUAUUUUUUCCUGUGUGGGAUGAUUGUUCAGAAUGAAAUGUUUUAUAUUUACUUGUAUUUUAAUGAUGCUAUCAUUCUUGCAUACCGGAAGUGUGUUUCCGGUCAU